UGGUUCAUGUGAUCAUGGAGGCCAAGAAGUCCCACAAUUAGUCAUCUGCAAGCUGGAGAACCCGGCCAGUGGUGCAAUUCAAUCUGAGUCCAAAGGCCUGAGAACCAGGAUCUUCGAUGGCUGUACUGGCUUAAGCCAUCUGCUUUGCCCAUCUGCUUUUUUGUUCUAUUCAGGCCUUCAAUGGAUUGGAUGGUAUCUACCCUCAUUUGUGAAGGCUCAGAAGCCUCAGGACCUGUGUGCAGGACCUCAGGGCCUAGGCGAUGUCAAGAAAGCUAAGCUUAAGAGGUUGGCUGGGAAAAUGGCAGAGUAGAAGGACCCUAAGCUUGCCUUGUCCCACAGAUACAACCAGAUAACACUCUCAUCAGCAUAAAUCACUCAGAAAAAUGAUCCGAAGACUGGCAGAACAAACUCCAAAACUAAAAUUAGGCCACAUCAAAGAAGGAGACAGAGUCCUGACAUCAAAAGGGAUUCGGUUUUGCUAUCACUGUGACUUCUUUGAUGGAUUCAAAUGCCUCACUCACUUGAAAAAGUGCUGGAAGUUCAAUCUAAUGAUAUAUAACAGGAGUUGUACCAUAGAUCACUAUUACUAUAAUGAUAAAAUUACAGGGAGAUAUCUGUACCGAUAUACAAAACUGUCUUGUAAUCCUUGUGAAGAGGGAAUGUUCCAAAUAUACCAUGACUUACUGAGAGAAACAUUUUGCUGCAAUCAUGCUGACUUGUGUAAUAAUGGCAAUAUAAAUAUGGAUACUACAGUGAAAUUUGGAAAAGGGAUAGAUUUGAUGGCUGAAAAGUCAUGAGGUAAAUCAAGAUAAACAUGUGCUUAAGAUUUUAAAACUAUAUGGGAAUACACAUCUUCUUAAAUAAUACUCUCCCCCUGAACUAGAAAAAGAGAUAAUAUAGGGGCUGGCUUAGUCAGAAGAACAUGGGGCUCUGGAGUUUUGGUUAUGAGUUCAAACCCACAUUGUAUGUAGAGAUUACAUAAACAAACAAACAAACAAACAAACAAACAAAAAAGAGAGAGAAAAAAAGAGAUAGUAUAAAUGGAAACAGACCAUAAAGUAGAAAAGAUACACACAAACACACACACCAUAAAACAACCUGACUGCACUGACUAAACAUAUCGGCCAAAUUAAUUUAAAAAAAGAUCUUAGUUUGGUAAACAGAGCAAAAUCCAACUCUAUGAUGUUUCAGAAAUAUGGCCAAAUAGUCAGCAUUGGUGGUAUAGUGGUGAGCAUAGCUGCCUUCCAGAAAUAUGGCCAAAUCAAAGCAAUUAAAAAUGUGCAAAUAUAAAUGCAUGGGAAAAUAUAUAUUAAAAAUUAAUAUGGAUCAUGAGCCUAUAUUUUAUGCUCCAGAUCAUCAAAAGAGAGAAUAUAUACUUCAUGUUAUUAAAGCCACUAAUCUACAAUAAAGAUAUAAAUUAUUAAAAUUGAGGCAGCCAAUACCACAGCCAUGACUUUUGGUAACAACUCUUCUAUAGAAAUUAUAGAAGAUAUGAUGAGAAAAAGAAAUGCGUGCUAAUCACCAGAUCAUGUGGGUAAAUAAUUAGCAAGGAGAUUAAACACAUAUACAAUACCAUUAUUAAGGUGGAUCUUAUAAACCUACAUCUAAUCCUGAACUCAGAUAAUAGAGUGCCCAUGGAACAUUCACAAAGAUUGGUCACAUAUAUUAGCCCUUUGGAGGAUAGAGUUGAUUUACAUCUGAACUGUAAAAGGCUAUAUUUUUCUCAGUGGAUGCUUGGACUUUUGGCCAGGAUAAAAAUACAUUUAUGAUGUUCUCUUUAAAGUCUGAAACUCCCCCGGUAAAUCCCAGUGUCAUUUUAUUUGCUAAUAUAAAUAAACUGUUUCCCAACAUGGCUUGAUCACAUGGUCAGAGAGGCAUUAUAACCACACCCCACCCUACCAACCACAUGCACCCUCAUUAAGAACUUCUGUUUAAAUUACUCCUGAAGCUGAGAUCCCUCACAUAAAUUGUGAUUGUUCAAUCCAGUGACAGAGGGCAAUCUGUAUGUAUGUAAAUGAUGAGUCCUGGGAGCUUGCACAUGGAAUGUCUCCCAGAUUUCCCUAAAGUUUGUCUGCCCUCUCUUUUUUUUGCUGCACUGUAUCCUUUGUCUUUAAAUAAAGUCUGUAUUCAGUAUGCUUUCUAACUAUGUUCUUAGAGAAUAUGUAUGUUCUAUGAA